GCUGACAUUGCAAUCAUGGGUUCGUGUAAUGGGUUGUUGCUUUUGCGGAUUGAAUCUGAUUUGUUCUUGUGGAACCCGCUCACCAGGUGUUCGAAGAAAGUCCUGGCUUAUCACCGUUUGGUUGACGCUGGCUAUGAUGUUGUUUCUGGGCUUUGUUUUGAUUCCUCGAGGAAUGAGUACAAGGCUGUAAUGGCGCUUGCUCAUGAGAGUCCAGAUUACGGUGGUGAGUUCAUGGUAAUUGGUAGUUUUCGGAGCAAACUUUGGACAUAUGUCCAAUUCCCUUACAGCGUUCGUACUGUGAAACCAGGGCCUGUAUUGAAUGAACAUCUACACUGGUUGGCCUCUAAGGAAAGUUGGGGUCACUUCCUCUCAACCCAUCAAAUCGUUUCCUUUGAUCCACGGAGCAAUAAAUUCAAAAAGGUACCAAUGCCACAGCCUAAGGAUGAGGAUGGAGACGGAGAUAUUAUACUUGGUUUGGGAGCUCUAGAUGGAUGUCUUUGUAUGACUCGCUUCAACAAUCCUAGAAACUUUGAAGGCAAUGUUGAGGUAUUGGCAAUGAAGGAAUAUGAUAUGAAAAGCUCUUGGACUGUUAUGUUCACGAUAUCGAAUUCGGCCAGAGUAUUUCGUUCCUAUCAUGGGUUUGUCCCAUUGUGUUCUACAAAGAAUAAUGAAGUUAUAAUGAACCUCUGCGUAGGGGUGGAUGAAGGAUAUGUAACGGCUUACAGUCCUAAUGACAAUUCAAAUAGGGAUAUUCUAGUGGCUACUGAUAAUUACAAUUUCAACGCAAUUAUGUAUGAGGAAAGUUUGGUGACACCACCUGAUUACAAUUGGGAGGAGGAAGAGCUGAGAGGGGAAGCAACAUAUUUUGAAAAAUACCGUUCAGGCUCAGUUGGAAAAUGGAAAAGGAUGAGGAAUGGUUUUUGGAGAUACUUAGAACUUGAAGAGGAAGAAUAUGAAAUGUUUGGCCUAGAUUUGGAGACGGUCUCAAAAGAGUUGCCAUCAGAAUUAGAAGAGCUAGAGCUUGAAGAGGAAUAGUUUCAGCGUGAAGAGGAGGAACAUGAAGAGUAUGGCUUAGAGUUGCUAGAGCUUGGAGAGGAAUACUUUCAGCUUGAAGAGGAGGAAUAUGAAGAGUGCUUAACUUUGAGAGAUUUUCCUGGACCACACAUUCAUGAAUGCUUUGCCUUGCACCAAUCCAUCUAUAAUUAAAGAUUUCUGCAUGCAACGGUCAUAGUCUGGUAGGACUGCAUCUGGACAUUCAGCUUCCAUUGUUUUCUCAGUGCAAUGCUUCCUUGCAGCCUACACUGAAAUUCUGAAUUAGAGUCGAGGAUUCAAAUAUUUGACAUUGCAGACUCAGAAGAGCUAGAGUUGGAAGAUGAGUACACCGUAAAUAGCCAUGAGAAGAGGAGAAAUUCGUGAAUGCUACCUAUCAUCAACUACUACUAUUUGCUAGUGAGUGACAAAUAAAAUGAGAAACCUUCCAGAGAACAACACAAUUUAUUUAUUUAUUUAAAUUAGAGACCAAAUAAAAACCAUAAUAAUAGAUGGUUGAGAAAUAAAAUUGGAUUUGGGUGUAAGGCACUUGAGCCCAGGGAAAAUCAGCCAAAAGAAGAUUUUUCUUAUUCUUUCUUUCUCUUCCUCCCUAAUCUGUACCUUAUUUUUCAUUGUUUCAUAGUUUUAUUUUUUUUAUUUUAUUUUUCCUGUGUGUGCAUGUGAAGUGGAAGUGUCAACUUAGUUGAGAUUGUCAAGAUUUGUUAUGAUACUUUUUGCACUUCCCUGCAUUGUUGAUGUAAUUUUGCAUGUAUUAUACUCUUUCUUCAUCAAUAAAGUUUUUGU